CAGUCAGAGUGUCUGUGACCUGCCAUCAGUUAAUAACUCAGGGAAGCACCAUGGAGGGUUGCAGAUGCAGGACGAAGAGGGAUACACCACUUUAAAUUUCCUGACCCAAGUUCCAGCCUCUGCCUGUGGACAUCCAGACAGACAUAAAGGGUUGUCUGCACUCUCCCCUGUCUGGGGUCCAGUUGCUCUGACUUUGUCUGUGCUAUGCCUGGCACUCUUCCUAGGCCUUAUGGCCCUGCUAGUUGUCUUUUUUCAGACUCCCAGGCCCUUUGAGGAAGCUACUGAAAACCCCACUUCAUACCAAGGACAUUUGCAAGGCAUCAAGAGCCACUUGUCAAGUAGCCUGCAAGAAAUGAGAGACAGCUUGUGUCUGGAAGGGAUGAUUAAGAAUACGAAUAAGAAUAAAAAUAAUGAAGUGACUUGUACACUGUGCCCUGCUAACUGGAAGUGGGAGGAAGAUAAUUCCUGUUACUACGUUUCUACACAGCUGAGUACAUGGGAGCAGAGUCAGAGGUUCUGUGCCUCAAAAAAUUCCACCCUUAGAUUCAUAGAUUCAUAGAUGUUAGGGUCGGAAGGGACCUCAAUAGAUC